AUGACUACCGCCGCCUUCAAAUACAUCGACCCUACAUCCUUUGACCCGACCGCGACCGAAGCCUUCAAGAAGCCCUGGGGCAAAGUCGACGGUCCUGGGUACUCGUUCAGAUUGAUUGACCACCAGCGUCAAGUCGAGAACCUACGCGGACAAGAAGCCAACUUCAACACCGACACAUCUGGAUUCGCCGUCUACAGGUCGCCGUCAAAAGAGAAGGAUUUUACAGAUGAUAAUGCCGUUCGCGAAGGCUACUACAAAGAGGUGGAGCAAGCUCUUCGAGAGAAGAUUCCUGGCAUCAAGAAGGUCGUCAUCUUCGACCACACCAUCCGCCGUCGGGAGAAGGCCUCCCCUCGUCAGCCUGUUCAGCAGGUUCACGUAGAUCAGACACCACGAGCCGCAGAGAUUCGAGUGCGUCGUCACUUGCCUGCCGACGAGGCAGAGGAGCUGCUCAAAGGUCGCUACCAGAUUAUCAACGUCUGGCGACCAAUCCGACACAACGCUAGUGACUUCCCUCUGGCUGUCAUUGACUGGCGCACCACGACCGAGAAGGACUUUGUCAAGGUCGACCUGCUGUAUCCAAAACGUACCGACGACGAUGCCGACGACAGAGGAAAAGAGGUCCUGCCCGACCCCACAUCAAUGACUUCUACUCAAGGAUACGAGCCAAAGGGCGAGACCUAUGCCGUCGCUCCUUCCGACAAGCACAAGUUCUACUACAUGAAGGACAUGACGCCCGACGAGCUCAUGCUUCUCAAGUGCUUCGAUAGCAGAAGUGAGUGGUCCCCCAACAGCACUCCCGGUCUAGCUCACGGCACGCCCCAUACUGCAUUUGUCGACCCUCAGACUCCGGCAGAUGCUCCCGGCAGACAGAGCAUCGAGGUCAGAUGUCUUGUCUUUUACGACUGA